AGUCCCCCCACCAGCUAGCAGAGACACACCAAACACGGGAGAGGAAACAUACGCUACGUCUUGAUCAAAAAUUGGUUCAUUCCCGUUGCACCUCGCCUCUAUUUGUCAUGUGCUGGCCUCCGUCGCCCUGGUCAGCUUCAGGUCCUCGUGUGUAGCGGCUGGCGGAGUGCUGAGCGGCGUGCUGAGAGUGCUAGUGAGAGUGGUGCUAGCUUCGUCAGGAAGGAGGAACAAGAUGGCGGCGGAACACAACAGCAACAGCAACACCACCGUGGAUAAUAUCAAUAACAUCAACACUAGGAAGAAUUUUGUCUGUGGCGUCGUGGAAGGUUUCUAUGGCAGACCUUGGACUCCAGAACAGAGGAAAGAUCUGUUUGUUAAACAGCAAAAAUGGGGGAUGAACUGCUACCUCUAUGCACCGAAAGAUGACUACAAACAUCGUGCAAAUUGGCGGGAGCUUUACACAGUUGAGGAGGCAGAGCACCUCACGGCACUCAUCACUGAGGCCCGCCAGCACGGCAUUACCUUCUACUAUGCUAUAUCACCUGGCCUGGACAUCACUUACUCCAGCCAGAAGGAGGUGGCAGCCCUCAAGAGAAAGUUGGAACAGGUGGCACAGAUGGGCUGCAACGCCUUUGCAAUUCUCUUCGACGACAUUGACCCCGAGAUGAGCGGUGCUGACAAGGAAGUGUUCCAGUCCUUCGCCCACGCCCAGGUGUCCGUCACUAACGAGGUGUUCGCCCACCUGAGUCAGCCCCGCUUCAUGUUCUGUCCAACGCAAUACUGCUCGACGCGCGCUGUGCCGAGCGUCCACACCUCUGAAUACCUCAACACUAUUGGACAGAAGCUGGCGCCGGAGAUUGACAUUAUGUGGACUGGACCCAAAGUUAUUAGUAAGGUACUUACAGUGGAACACAUCAGGGAGGUGACAGAGGUGAUGCGUCGGCCGCCCGUCAUCUGGGACAACCUGCAUGCCAACGACUACGACCAGGCACGGCUCUUCCUUGGCCCUUACUGCGGCCGCUCCCCAGACCUCAUCCCCCUCUUGCGCGGCGUGGUCACAAACCCUAACUGCGAGUACGGCCCUAAUUUUAUUGCCAUCCACACCCUGGCACAGUGGUCGCUGUCCUCCUCCCUAACCAGCUGUGAUAAUAAUGAUGCAGUAAGUGCAGACAUCCGGCUUGAGACAGAAGGGGAGGAUGCCAGUGACGAGUGCCCCACAGGUCUGUCCCCCAACACAUACCACCCCCGCCGUGCUCUGCGCAUGGCCCUCCAGGACUGGUUGAUAGAGUUCCAGCGUCCAGUGUCAGCGUUUGGCACCAUCCAGCAGCCACAGAUCCCUACCCCAGUCCCCAUCCUGCCCUCCGUCAACACCUGCAUGUCCCUCACCUCCACCACCCUGGCCACCCCCGGCCUCCCACAGCCCAACAUUAACGUGCUGGCCGAUGCCGUCCAGGACACCACCUUCACCCCCGCCAUGAACCCCGUCAUGAACUCCUUAGUGUCGGAGAACAAGGUGGUGGUGGAGGCCAGCCCCGAGGAGGCAGACUCUGCCUCCACUGUGUCCCAAGAUGCUUCCACCAACUCCGGAGUGGAGCCCAUGGACUGCAACCCCUCACCAGCCACCUCUCCACCUCACACUGAUGACACUGUCAUGAUGGAGAAUGGGGAGGGCCCCAAGCCGGACCCCAGCCCCGAGGACUCCCCACCAGCACCCCUGGAGCAGGAGGAGGCUCCCUCGACCACAAAUACCACAACCACAGCCACCACUACCGUCCCCAACAAGGCGCCCCUCAGCCUGCCCCUGGAGGAGGACACGGAGGAACUCACAGUGGAUGACCUGCAGCUGCUGGCUGAGCUGUUCUACCUGCCGUACGAGCACGGCCGCUAUGGCAUCACCAUCAUGAACGAGUUCAACUGGCUCAAGAUCAACUCACACCUCGUUAUCGAUCAACAGCGGCGCGCAGACUCAGAGAACAAGCCAGAGGUGGAGGAAUGGUUUGAGCGAGCUGCCAAGUUCAACGACCUGGCCAAGCAGGUGAAGCGCAUGGCCAACCGCCUGAAUCGUGUCAAGAACCGGUCCCUGUUGUAUGACGUGUACCCCUACGUGUGGGACAUGUGUGGCGUGGUGGGACUCCUCAACUCUUACGUCGACUGGCUAGCAUUGGGCAAGGUUUCUCCAAUGGUCAGCAACUACGUUCAUGGAAACUAUACCUGGUUCAGUAAGGGCUGGCGUGAAGUAUUUAUGUCUGGCGACCAGGAGCCGUGGAUCUUCCGUGGAGGACUGACCGCCGAACUGCAACGCCUCAUCCCAGUGGAUGCCAGCAACGACCUGUUUGUGUACAAAGCACCAGAAGUGCCGGCCAGACACUGCUAUGUCAUCCGCCCCUACGUGCCAGCUGACAGGCCCAAACUGUUCUCCCUCAUCCUGCACACGGCUGAUGACCGUAGGGACGGCUCGACCCUCUAUGCCGCCCACCCCAACCUGCCUGGGGAUCUCGAGGUUGGGAGCUACCUGGAGGCAUUGGAGGAUGACACUGUAAAGGACGUCAACGUUAUGGUGGUGGAGGACGAGUGGGGUGACCUGGUGGCAUACGGGUCCAUUGCCUGCGACUCGGUGGAGCAGACGACACGUGAUGCUGCUUAUCGUGCCAAGAUCAGGGAGUGCUACCCCAAGGUCACCAGGGAGGAGGGCAUGAUGCUCACCCCCUGCGAGGAGAUGUUGGUGCAGCUAUCCAUGGAGCCCCAGCCACCCCCCAAAAUGUUGGUGGCCUCACACCCUGCCCGCAUCACCCUGUCCUGCCUCGUCUCCGUCACAGAUGAGUCGGUCAGCAAAAGACUCUUCACCUGUCUCCUGGCCACCAUCAGAGCAAGAGGGGUGUUUGGAGGGCACUGCUGCGUCAACGUGGGUGAGAAGUGCACCCUGGAGCAGUACAGUCGGCAUGGCUUCCUGGAGAUCACCACACAGAGUACAACACUGUACCUGGGGCGCUCCUUCUAAUGGCCCUGCCCCGCCACAGCUACUUCAUCCCACCCAUGCCCACCUUGUCCCAGGAUCUCAGCCCUCUCCUCACAUCUUUGCAUCUCAUCUGUUUUCUCAUCAUCUCAUUAUAGUCUCUCUCUCUCUCUCUCUCUCUCUCUCUCUCUCUCUCUCUCUCUCUCUCUCUCUCUCUCUCUCUCUCUCUC